AUGGCUCCCGCUCCUCAGCGCGAGUCCAAGAGGCGCCGCACCUACAUGUGCAGCCGCUGUGGGUUCCCAAGAAGGGCCAUGUCUGCGCUGCCGCCGACGCUGAUUACGGACAACAUCAGCGCGCUCCCCGACGACGUCCUCCGCAGCAUCAUCUCCUUCCUCCCGACCGUACAGGCCGCGCAGACGCAGGCGCUCUCCUCCAGAUGUCGCUCCCUGUGGCGCCACGCGCCCCUAAACCUCGACGAGGGUGAGCUCAACCUCUGGGAGGACUUCAUCCUGGGUGCGAUCUCGACGAUCCUCUCCGCGCACGAUGGCCCCGUCUGGCGCUUCUCCGUCACCAAGCUCGCCCGCGUCAACGAGUUCCGCGGCGACAUAGUCGCCACCCUGGACGCCAUGCUGCGGCACCAGACGCUCAGCAGCCUCAGCGAGCUCCGUCUCCACUACAGGCCGAGCACGACGGCGCCGGACCCGCUGCCGCCCGCCGCGCUGAGGUUCUCGCUCCUCCGCGUCGCGAGCUUCGGCCACUGCAGCCUACCCGACACCGACGGCGCCAUCGGGCCCGGGGGCGUCGUCUUCCCGAAUCUGCAGGAGCUCACGCUGCUGGACAUCUCCAACUCGGAGGCCACCCUCCACGCCAUCGUGUCGGCGUGCCCUGCGAUCAGGAGCUUGCUGCUGUGCGACAACGACGCGUUCCGCCGCGUGCAGAUCAGAUCCCGGACACUGUGUUUGGAAUGA